AUGAUAGCAUUAUCGAGUGGUUAUCAAAUACAUAUUAAAAAUUUUGAUUCGUUUGCACGUGAAACAGCUGAACUAUAUGUAAAAAUAUAUUCUUGGUAUAGAAUGCCUGUAAGCGUGCAUACAAUUUUAUUUCACGGAGCUGCAGUUGCCAAAUCUAUAUUAUUACCUAUUAGUAUGAUGUCAGAAGAGGCACAAGAAGCCAGUAAUAAAAUAUAUAGACGAGUUCGAGAAAGACAUACCCGAAAAAGCAGCAGAUUAAACACUACUGAGGACCUAAUUCAUAUGAUGCUACAGCAAUCAGACCCAGUAAUAUCAAGGGCAAGAGGACUGCCAAAAUCAAAAAUGAAUGAGCUUCCCGAAGACGUUUUACCUUUGUUAAUAGUAGACUCGAUGAUUGACGAUGACCAAUAA